UUUUAUUGUUAGUUUAAUGUUUUUAUUAUCUAAUAUAAAUAAACCUACAACUUAUCUAGCAUUUUUAAUUUGCUUAACAGCUUUUAUAGGUGACACCGCGGUGAGUUAUAGCAGAUUACAAGUUUUUCAAGCGUUAUUUGAUAAUGCCACUCAUUUUUUAAUUGGUGGUUUAUCUUGGUCGAUAGUUUGUUUCCAUUCCAGAUAUGUUAGCGCUACAGGAAAAAUAAUAGAAAUAUUUACAUGUAGUUUGUUAUCUUCUAUUAUAGAUUUGGAUCAUUUUAUUGAAGCAAAAUCAUUAAAUUUGAAGGAUGCUACAAACUUAAAAAGGAGACCAUUCCUUCAUUGCUCGACGUUUCCAUUUCUAUUAUGCAUUUUAAUUCUUAUAAUAAGUUAUUUUUCGGAAAUUGUUGUGUUAAAAAGAUUUGGGUUUAUUUUAUUAACAGCAUUUGGUAGUCAUCAUACAAGAGAUGCGACAAGAAGAGGGUAUUGGUUUUAUCCAUUCGGCUCAACGGUACCAGUACCCUAUAUAAUGUACAUAGGAAUUAUCACUGUUUUACCUUUUUUCAUAAAAAUUUUCAAUGAAAAUUUAAGUAUACCAAAUAAAUUUGUAGAUAUGACUGUGAUAUAAAGUUAUGCAUUCAUUAUUUGUAAAGAAAAAAUAAAGUGACAGGUGU